UGCCAUGCAUGCCCCCGGAACAUCCACCAAGCGAUGCUGCAUACGCCAUGGCUGAUGACAAGAUCCAUCUGUGCCCGGGUAUAUGCACAUGCGGGAUGGAUUGUUUUCAUUGCGCCGUUGCCCAGCGACAUUCAGUCUGUGAUCCAUCUUGCAUACAUCCCCAUCUCCAGCCCCAUCCACCAUGGACCCAGCGCAGUACAACGGCGACUUUCACAGGGCCUCCGAGCCCUCGACCGGCGUCCUCCUCCUCCAGUUCAACCGGCCUCCAGUCAAUGCAUUUCAUGAUGCGCAAGUAUCAUCUCUAGAGGCACGGCCAUUGCUUACCAAGAGCAUAGCCUGUGGCAAGAGAUGCAUCGCAUCGUCGAUGAGGUCUCCAAUGACCCCGACGUGCGAUGUAUCGUCCUCAGUUCGGCACUCGAGAAUGCCUUCACCGCCGGGCUAGACGUUACCAAAAGCGAGCUGUCCUCCGGAAAGACCUUUCUCGACCCCGCACGCCGAGCGACCUCCCUCCGUGCCCAUCUCCUCAAGUUCCAAGCCGCCAUCACCUCUCUAUCCCGCGCCCGCCAGCCCGUCGUCUGUGCCUUGUUUGGCUCGUCCGUCGGGCUCGCCAUCGACAUUGCCUCGGCCUGCGAUAUCCGGGUCUGCGCUUCCAACGUCAAGUUUGGCAUAUUCGAGGUCAAUGUUGGGCUUGCGGCAGAUAUCGGCACACUGCAGAGGUUUCCCAAAAUUGUAGGGAAUGAUAGCAAGGCGAGGGAGCUGGCAAUGACCGGGAGGCCGUUUGGAGCGAAAGAGGCGGAGGAGAUUGGGUUUGUGAGUGAGGUUGCGCAGGGGGGGCGGAAAGAGGUCAUAGAACUGGCCCUCCAAAAGGCCAAGAUGAUUGCCUCGAGAAGCCCCAUCGCAGUCAUCGGUACCAAGGAGGUCAUGAAUCACUCUCGAGACCAUAGCGUCGACGACGGUCUGCAAUAUGUAGCCGCAUGGAACAUGUAUGUGGUCUCUUUCGUUUCCACCAAGCUGACAACUGCUCUAGGGCCAUGCUGCAAUCUGAGGACACGCCGAAAGCAAUGGGAUCGGCGCUGAAGCGAACACCAGUGACCUUUGACCCCAUUGCAAAAGCAAAGCUCUAGUCGAGCCUAGUCCAGCACGAUCUUCACAUGUAUGAUAGUCCAGCUCUGUGUAUCAGUGUAAGAUAGUAGUGGUGUUUUGUAGCCCAACACGAGUAACCCUAGUUGAUGCAUGAAUGCAACC